UCGAUCGUACGCGUCAACAACGACGACGUUUGGCGGAGCACUGAAGAGCUCAAAUUUACCAUUUCAAGUGUUAUUCAGAAAAAAACAAGACCCACGAACACACAGAAGGGGUCUCAUACCGUCAAAAAAUGGAAAUCAGCAGUCGCCAACUCCACAUUUGGCGGUUUUCCAAUGUGGUCCUUCGCCUACCGAGUGUCUUCAUUCUGGAAGCCAUCCACAAUUUGAGACGGGGGCGCAAGAUACGCGGCACGGUGGAGAGUUUGGCCAGUGGCUGGGAGCUUGAGCCUCACGCCGUGACGAUAGGAUCUCAGUUUCUCGGUUACUUUGUGGUUUUCCUCUUGCAUGCCUUACCGCUGAGAAUGUUGAUCAAGCUCUACAAAUUCAUCGUUGUUGGUCUUCUGCUCCUGGCUGCUCAUCUCCUAUCGGACUACUCACUGUCUCGUGAAACCACAGUCCCCCAGAGUUCUCUCGUAUCAGCGGUGACGUUCACCCUUGCAGAAGUGGUCAUCAGCCUGACUUGUGCACGUCUAAUGGGGACCAAGCAUGUAUGGGCCUUCGCAGCAUACACACUACCCCAGAUUGCGAAACUGAGUGGUCUGCCUCUUGAUGUGCAAGAAUCAGCGCAUGAAGUUGCCCAGGUCUUGACCCUGACUGAGGUGACACUCUUCACCCUCAGACAUGUUCUCGUGCCGUUCCGCCUGGCUCUGAUUGGCUACAAGACUCUCCAAGAGUAUAGUGAACUCUACGGCAUCGUCAGUGUCAUCUUUGCGUUGUACAAUCGUUUCUUUGUGCCAAUGCUGUAUCUGAUUUUCUGGCUGGUGCUGUUUGUCCAUCGGCUGUACGUGUAUUACUCCACAAAGGACCGUCGCAUUGUCGGAGAGCACUGGGUGUUGGUGAUAUUCGCUGCCAUCGCUGAUUGCUGCGAGAGUCCUUGGAGCUUAGUUGGUCUGUGCUACACAGUGUCUUACACGGCGUUCCUUGUCUUGUUUCUCUGCAAGCUGUAUCUCAAGGGUUUCAGCAGCCUUGGAGGAGAGACUUUCCUACAUCGUGGUUGGACAGAAGGCAUCACAGUGAUGCUGCUCGCCAUGGAAACGGGCCUGCUAGAGCUGAAGAAGUUGGAGAGAAUCCUCCUCCUGAGUGUGCUCAUGUACAUCGCCCUGUCCUCAACAAUCCAAUCAGUGUAUGAAAUACUUGACCCAGUACUUCUUGCUCUUGCUGCGUCCAACAACCCAAGCCCCUGGAAACAUUUCCGAGCACUCAGCAUGUGCGUAGCGUUGAUGGCCGCCCCUCUGUACCUGAGCUACAUGCUGUUCGUGGUGUUUGAAGCCCAACUGUGGCUGAUGAUCAUCGUAUCUAGCUGCUUGUUGACCACAAUCCAAACCCUAGGUUCCCUGACAAUCUACCUGCUCUUCAUGGCCGAUCACCGUCGCGCUACACCGUGGGAGAGUUUGGAUGACUUGGUGUACGGCAUCCAUGCUAUGUGCCAUGUCAUGGAAUUUGGCAUAGCGCUCUCGGUCCUGUUUUAUGGUGGGAUGGAAUCAUUCCACAGUGACUACAACCUUUUUGGUGCAGCCAUCAUACUCAUCCAUUGCUACUUCAAUGUCUUCCAGCGAGCUCAGGCAGGAUGGCAGAGCUUCCUCACUCGCAGGGAUGCGGUCCGUAAGAUCAACUCGCUUCCUUCGGCAACCAAGGGAGAGCUCUCCUCCCUCCGCGACGUCUGUGUCAUCUGCUUCGAGGAGAUGACGUUUGCUAAAGUUACUCCUUGCAAACACUAUUUCCACAGCGUCUGUCUGCGUCGGUGGCUGUAUGUGCAGGACAAAUGCCCGCUUUGUCACAAGAGCAUCUUGCCAGAAAUGCCCCAGCCUCCUCAAGGGAUUGAAGAGCCAAGAGAAGAGUUACCAUGGCAACCACAUCCAGAUCUUGGGCAAGGAGAUGGCAUGAUGGCACUUUAGUUCCGAUUUUUUUUAAAAAGCCAUUGCUUUUUUUUUUCAAGCAUUUUAAUCAAACAACUCUCAUUGCCAAAUCAAAUAGUUAGAUACUUUAUGUUCAACCAUUUUAUAUUUAAAGAUUAAAUUAAUGACCAGUGCAAACAAUCGGGUAGUGAUUGAUGUGUGCAAAAAAACAAUCAGUGAUAACGAAUAUUUUUCUUUCAGUUUUAUUGAAAUUUAAAAAAAAAGUUUUAAUGCAAAGAAGAUGACUUCAAUUUGUUGUUAUGCAUUUGUGUUCCUGCAAUCAUCCAAGACUUGAUAAAAUCAUGAGUCUUCAUUCGUUGAAAUUUUACACAAAAAUGGAUGGGGGAAUGACAGUAUUCGUGUCUGAAUGAUUCCAAACAUGAUGAGUGUUGGGCAGAUAAUGUGAUUUUGUCAAUUUUCAAAGAAUGAUUUUGUGUGUCGUCAUAUAGUACGGUGUCAUACAUGUACGUUCACAUACAUUGUAUAUUUAUGAAAUUGAAGCAAAGUGAUUAACCAUUCCUGUACAGUGUGCAUGAUGUGCAUGUGUGUACAAACUAAGGUGAUUGGAAGUACAUUUCUGAAAAUGUGUACAUAUUGACAAAAUAGUGUCGCCUUUUUCUUUUAUGAAGUCGCUUACUGGACAAAAAACAUAUACAUGGGGGGGGGGGGUUCAGUGUGUAACACAGACUGAAAGUUUGGACUAUCAAAGUGUAGCAACUUCAAGUUUGGAUGAACCAUGGUGAGGUGUAUGUAAAAAAUGCCGCUUAAAGUGUUGCUUUGUUGCUUAGAAUAAGAUUUAGUUUUGCUAUUGAAAGCUGCUCCAUUGAAUUGUCUGUCUACCUAAGUAUACAUUAGUGCUGGGAUUAAAAUCAAGAUUUGAAGAAAAAAAAGGUGUGAAUUUCACCAUUUGGUUUGGAUUUUGGAAACUAGUAAUUCGAAACCAACCUUAAAAAAAAACCAGGCCUUUCAUUUUUUGUGAUACAAGAUAAAGACAAUUACUUUUAACAUCCCCCAAUAUUCUUGGUUCAUAGCUUGCCCAUUCCCAUCCAUGUUUUUGACAUUACAUCUCUGGAGUGUUUUUGUAAAGGCCCAGUGGUUAUUGAGUGCCACAAACUACACCCAAUUAUCGCGGAGGGCAUUGCAUGCGGCACCUUACUUGCCACUUUUUGUGAUAUUUGUUAGCACGACUCUGUGCUAAAUGGGAACUUCUGGUGAAAUAAGAUAACCAUUUGAA